GAGUGCAGCAGCAAUUGCUGGCGACAAUUUUGCAAUAAUGGCAAGUGAUACGCGUAUGUCACAGUAUGAAGUGAAUGUCCUGACUCGUGAUGCCGAGAAAAUCCAUCUGUUAUCACGCAAUCUCUACUAUCGUCGUUUCUUCCCCUACUACACAGGCGCAAUACUAGCUGGCAUCGAUGAGAACGGCAAAGGAGCUGUAUUCAGCUACGAUCCUAUUGGCUGCAUUGAACGUCUCACGUAUUCGGCAUCCGGUAGUGCAGAACCAAUGAUGAUGCCUUUCUUUGAUUGCCAGGCAAUGACACUAUCGAGCGACGUGGAGAAGCCGCGUUUAACGAUCGAACGUGCCAAAUCGUUGAUGAAAGAUGCAUUUCGUGUAGCAUCAGAACGUGAAAUAAGCACUGGCGAUAAAAUUCAUAUAGUAAUUGCUGAAGCUGGCAAACCACUUCGUAAAAUGUUUUUGCCACUUCGUGAAGAUUAAUA